ACCUUCACUGAGAGGCCACAAACUGGGUUCAAGCUCCAUAAGUAAUUGGUUGAAAAAGAGCACCUCCACCUUGACUCCUGUCUUCCACCUUUAGCAUAAAAGAAAAAAAAAAGAGAGAUAGGGUUGGAACAGAUGAACAACAUAUUCCUACCCUUCCUAGCUUUCCAUUUCCCUAUAAUUCACCGAGCCCUUUCACUUUCCCCAUAGCGAGAGAAGAGAUGGAGGGCGUGAUAGAGUUCUUAAUGAAAUUUGUCCAACCACUCCACCUCCUGUAUGACUCCGGCCAGGGCGUGAUCGAGAUCUUAAAGAAGUUUCUCCCACUACUCCGCCUCCUGUAUGGCUUCGGUCAGGGUGUGAUAGAGAAUAUCUUAAAGAAGUUUGUCCCAGUACUACUCCACCUCCUGUAUGGCUUCGGCCAGGGCGUGAUAGAGUUGUUAAAGAAGUUUGCCCCAGUACUAUUGCACCUCCUGUAUGGCUUCGGCCGGGGCGUGAUAGAGUUCUUAGAGAAGUUUGUCCCAGUACUACUACACCUCCUGUAUGACUUCUGCGGGUUCUUGGCCGAGACUCUGAACCGUCGGACCAUCAUCCUCUUUAUCGCCCUCGCCCUUCUCUUCCUCUGCUGCGGCGGCCGCGGUGGCGGCGGAGGCGGUAGGGCCGCCGGGAAGAUGAUGAAGGCCCCCGGGAGUGGUGGCCGCCGCAUGCCACGAGCCUCCUUCGAGAGCAAUCCCCGGGGUUACUUCCAAAACCUCCGUGCCGGCAAGUAGUAACUAGUAUCCUAGUCAUGUAAGGUGUCUAUUUUGUUGGUAUCGGUGGUUGUUUAACUUUUGAUGCUAAACGUUUCCGCGUUGUUGUUGUUGUUAUUGUUGAGGAAUGUUAUUGGGCUUUCCAUUGUCA